AAAGGUCAACCAUUUUGGCGGGUGUCAUUCCUUUUACAUAUUCGUUUUUUAUGACAAAAAUUUUUUAUUUCGUGUCAUCACUGAAAAAAGUUUUGAAUUAAAAUGGACUUAAAUGAUGCCGUAUUAACUUGUGCAAUUAAUAUUUUGUGGACAAAUGCAGUGGGCGCAACUGGAAAGAAGGUAACUUUCAAAACAGCUACACUGCGUCUGAUACGAAAUGAUGUGAGGGAACUUUUCAUUGAUGUAACCGGUGAAAAAGCUAAGCCAAUAAAAUUCAAGCUCAAGGAUAUAAUGGUACACAAAAAAUUUAUGUCUGAGGGUAAAGCAACGAUAAAUUUCAAGGCAGAGAACUGUGCAAUGUAUCUAUCAAAUGCCCCACCUAGUACGUUAAUGUAUUUCCUGCGCACUAUAUUCAUUAAACUUAAUGGCGAGCAAAAAGAUGAAGCAACUACACAGAAACAGUUACGCGCUCACAUGCUUUCUGGUAAGCCUAGCAAUUUUGAGGAAGUUUCUCCAGUAACAACUACCGAAAUGAUAAUGGCCAGAAAAAAGGCUGGUUUGCUAGGAAAGGGCUCUGUGACAACGCCAUCGCCAUUGGCUGCGAAAAAACGCCGUUAUGAGGAUUUAAGUGGCGCAAAUGGACAAGUGAGUUCACAGGCACCAGCCGCUAAAAGGCUCUACCAAGACCAAAGUACACAGUCGCUUGGUAUUGAAGAAAAUGUAAAACUUUGCGAAGAACAGUUGGAAGUGCUACGUGCUUGCACCUCCGGCAAGAGCAUAUUUUUCACGGGUUCUGCUGGUACAGGGAAAAGUUUCCUUUUACGUAAAAUUAUAUCUGCUCUGCCACCGGAUGGCACUGUAGCGACUGCUUCUACAGGUGUAGCAGCAUGCCUUAUAGGAGGUACGACUUUACACGCCUUUGCGGGUAUAGGCGGUGGUGAUUAUGGACUGCCACGUUGUAUUGAAUUAGCGUCUCGUCCAGGGAGUGCGCUGAUAUGGCGUAAAUGCAAGCGAUUAAUUAUAGAUGAGAUCUCAAUGUUAGAUGGACAGUACUUUGAAAAAAUAGAAGCAGUAGCAAGACAUAUACGCAAGAACGACAAACCCUUUGGAGGGAUCCAAUUAAUUCUUUGUGGAGAUUUUCUUCAACUACCACCUGUGGUUAAAAGUGACUAUAACUCUACCCCAACACAACGUUUUUGCUUUCAAUCUAGUGCUUGGGAAAAAUGCAUUCAGUGCGUUUUUGAACUCAAACAAGUACAUAGGCAAUCCGAUCCGGAAUUUGUGAAAAUUCUUAAUCACAUCCGCAUCGGAUAUGUGAAUGAUGAAAUUACUAAACGGCUGCGUGCUACAUCAAAACAAAAAAUCGAAGGUGAUGGAAUCUUGGCCACACAACUUUGUUCUCAUACGAAUGACGCACAAUCAAUAAAUGAAUCUAAACUUGAAAGCUUAGACGGUGAGAAGAUAUUAUUCCAAGCUGAGGAUUCUGAUGCGAAUAUGUCGAAGCAGUUGGACUCUCAGUUGCAAGCAACUUCUCGUCUCUAUUUAAAAGUAAAUGCUCAAGUUAUGUUACUUAAAAACAUUAAUAUUGCUUCUAGUCUGGUAAAUGGGGCACGAGGUGUAGUUGCACGCAUUGAAAAGGGUAUACCAGUGGUGCGUUUUAAGAAUAAUCGCGAAUAUUUAUGUAAGCAAGAAAAAUGGAUUAUAAAGACUGCAUCUGGUGGUACAGUAACACGAACGCAGGUGCCGCUAAAGUUGGCAUGGGCCUUUUCAAUACACAAAAGCCAAGGCCUAACAUUGGACUGCGUUGAAAUGUCGUUGUCUAAAGUGUUUGAAGCUGGGCAAGCUUAUGUAGCUCUUUCGCGUGCAAAAUCGAUGGAUUCUUUGCGCAUACUAGACUUCGAUCCAAAACAGGUUUGGGCGAACGCACAAGUUCUUCAGUUCUACAAACUAUUUCGUAGACGCUUGCAUGACAGCACAAUGAUCCCUCUUGGCGCUAAGAACAUAAAACGUGAGAAAACAGAUGGUCAACGGGCUAGUGCACUAGCUAAAAUAAAGAAGAGUCUCAUUGAUAAACCACUCGUAUCUAUAAGCUAAUGCGGAAAAGUUAACUGGGAAACUUUCCUUUACGGCCGAUCGUUGUGUUUGCGGUGGGUGGAAAAGGAGCGGCGUGAGACCAUCCACCGGCCGUUCAGAGAGGGCAUGGGCCACCGUUUCCAACGAUACCACCACCAACCCCCUAGGCCCAUAGGGAGCACCUAGAAAAUUGGUCGAAAAACACUGUUUUGAAAAGUGUUUAAUAAACCCUAACGACUUUUAAACAAAAUAGUGAUCUGUUGACUGUACUUGUAAGUGCAAAAGGUUUAAUUCAGUUCACACAAUUCGAUACAGUAAGCGAAAGAAAAUCGGCAGUAAAGGAAAGCCAGCCCAAGUUGACACCAAAAAAAAAAAAAAACCAUAUCGCACACCUAGAUCUGAAGUGAGCUGUCUCAAAAAUUAGAUCGGGAAAUAUAAUAUAUAACAUUCAAUUCAAUUAAUACAAAAACAGGUAUAACAGCAAUUCUUUUUAUUAGUGUAUAUAAUUGUUAAGAAAAAUAUUGUAUUUGCAAAAAAAAGUCAUCAUGUUGUUUUAGUUGAUCGCACUUCAGAUCUGGGUGUGCGAUAUGUUCGCCACUUGGACUCGGAAAAAUAAAAAUGCUUUAAAAAGGA